AUGCGGAAUGACAACGACGCUCCUUGCUCCUCUCAGCCCCCUCAAUCUACCUGGAAUUCAAUAACUCCCUGGUCGCCUCAAUUGAACCUCAGUGUCAGAGAAAUAACCUCUGUAUCAGCCACCUUCAUCCUUUCGUCGGAUUUGAAUGGCGAAUUUGAUAUUUCGUUGGCUUCAAUCGGCUUCACCGCAGCUGCGGACGACGACGACGACGAUGAAGACCAAGCAUCUUCGAGCAGCAAGCCAGAUUUCACUAGGAAAGGUCCUUCCAUCAUCACAGAGGCUCUCGCAAAAGGGCUCUCAGUGACCGUCAACGCCACGCCUUGGCAGCGAGUGUUUAUUCGGAUCGACGACAAGGUCGAUGAGGCUGUAAUCAUUAUAUACGGACUCAUGCCAGGGAGGCAAUACGAUAUCGACCUCGCCGUCGUGCAGGCUGGUAAGCAGAGCACGCUCCGUCAGCAAGUGAUUACUGAAGACGAUUCGGAUCACGAUACAGCAGAUGUUCACACAGAUCCUGACUCAAUGGACCAUUCAACAUCGUCCUCGGAUCCACCGCAAUCCACGCCUUCCACCUCCCCAAGCCGUACAAUCCCGAGCACACCGCCUCCGCUGACUGCAGCCGCGCCCCAGAUCACGCUGGAGGACCGACUCAGCCAGCUCCGUCACGCGCUAUCCCUCGCAGAGGCCGAACGCGAGAGCCUCGCGUCGUCGCUGAAAACAGCGAGACGGGAUGCUCAAAAAGCCGAUGCAGCUCUGCGGUCCGAAAUGGACAUCCUGAAGCGUGCAUCGGAAAAAAAUGCAGCCGGUGAGCACAGAGCGAAGCAAAAGAUAUUGGCGCUUCAGGAGGCCGUCAAACGCGCACAGGCUGCUACGCGGGAGACGGAGGAGAUGGUAAGAGAGCUGGAAGAACAACUUCCUGAGCUGUUGAAGCAAAAAUCCGCAAAGGAGGAGGAGUACGCAAAAGUGAAGGCAGAGGCUGAUCUUGUGCGAAGGGAGAGAGAUUGUGCGUCGGAGAAGGAAAAAAAGAGGUUGGAAGCAAUGAGGGUUGAGCUGGCUGGGUUGAACAACAAGCUGGAGAGACUUAGUGGGAAGAGAGAAAAGCUCGAGGUUGGGACGAUACCCGACCUGGAGGAGCAAUUAAAGGAGGUUGAACGGGAGAUCGAGGUCGAACGUUUGAGUGAUCAAGUGGAUUACUCGGCCUACGUUCUACCGCGACCGCGUCAACAAAGUCUAGGUGCAAGUUGUGGUCCAGGUCCCAUAAGCCGACCAUCACCAGCUCAUAUUCAUCGACCUGACGGCAGUCAUUCACCUAGUUCAACAACUGGUCUUGGGGGACACUGGAAUAUAUCACCGCGACACCAUAAUCCGCGCUCCUCGUCCCUGCAACAACACACCCCGACGAUCCUUGCAAACCCAAUGCAACGUCGAUCAUCCCUUAAAUCCACGACGACCCCGACAACACCUACAUCGCCUUCGCCGACCGCGACUAGUACGGCAAUUACAUCAACGUUAUCGAGCCGUGCAGCGUCGUUUGAACCCGGUAGACCUCUGAAGGGAACAACUACGGCUACAACCUCUGGGUUCUCAGUAUCCCCGAUACCGAUACAGAGAUCAACAGGGGCGGCUCAGAAUAAUAGCAUCGGUUCGAAGACACAGCGGACUGGAAUUCACUGA